AUGACGCUCCUCCGCUCUUCCUGCCGGACAGGAUGGCGCCCUGCGCGCUCUACGCUCUGCCGGAGCUGCCGCAGGACAUAUGCCGCCUCAGCAGCUUCACAUGCUGAAUUGGACAAAGCCCGCGCAUACUGCGCCAAUCUUUUGCGCCACUACGACUCGCCGUCCUUCACCCUGCAGACCUUUAUCCCUCCCCACGCUCGCGAUGCUUACCUUGCCAUCCGCGCUUUCAACGUCGAUGUCGCCCGCAUUGCCGACCAGACCUCAAACACCACCGUUGGCCGCAUGCGCAUGCAGUUCUGGCGCGAUGCCGUGACUCGUGCUUUACAAGGGUCCCCGCCUAAAGAGCCUGUCGCUGUGUUGCUUGCGCACGCUGCCGAAGCUCUAGACGCUCGCACUCAAGGCCGCGCCCGUCUUGGGAAGUCAUGGUUUUUGCGCAUCGUCUCUGAGCGUGAAAAGGCGCUCGGAAAUCCUCCUUUCGCCACUCUCGCAGCUCUCGAGUCGUACGCGGAAAACACAUACUCGACUCUGCUGUAUCUGACCCUUCAGGCGCUUCCUCUUGCCUCUAUCACGGCCGAUCACCUUGCCUCGCACAUUGGCAAGGCGACCGGUAUUGCCACUGUUCUACGCGGGCUUCCAUUAAUCGCAUUUCCUCCGCCGCCGAAUCACCACUCGAACCAGGCAGCAUUUGGAGGCGCCUUGCCUGGCGGUCGACAAGGCGCCGUGCUGCUACCGUUGGACAUAAUGGCUGAAGCGGGCGUCAAGGAAGAAGAAGUUUUGCGGUAUGGGGCGGAUGCGGAUGGUCUUCGUGAUGCUGUUUUUGCUGUAGCCACGCGAGCGAACGACCACCUCAUCACUGCACGAUCAAUGCUGAGCGGCUUGCGUGCCGGCAGCGAGGUUGACCAUGACUUCGAGCAUGCCCAUGAAGAAGAGCACCGGUACAGCCCUCAACAACUGAGCGCAGGUACUCAAGCGCAGCUACAGGAUGUCGAAAAAGGAUUUGGCGCCCUGAUGCCCGCCGUUGCAACUGGACUUUGGCUGGAGAAGUUGCAGAAAAUGGACUUUGACGUCUUCAACCCCAAGCUGAGGACCACUGACUGGAAGCUACCAUGGAAAGCAUAUUGGGCUUUUAGUCAGAAAAAACUCUAG